CGAAACGGUUAGUCUUCUGCGAACUUUCGGGUGUCGUGCGUGUUUUGUCAGCACGCUGUCGCUCGUGUCUUCGCGUCGAUCGUUCUCUUUCAAUCAUUUCGAAGCUAUUUUAUUUUUCGACAACGUCACUAAUUAUAAGAGCGUUCAGUGGUCCAACUAUGCGAGAACAAUAAUAAUCGCGUGGAUAGCGGAACCGCGUGGCAACCGACCAAUCGCAAAAGGGGGGAAGUAAGGUCAGAAUCGGUGGUGCGGUGCUAGAAAUGCGAUUACGGACGUGAAUCGUGCUCAGAACGAACGCAUCGGUUCCCCGUGAAGACGCGAGAAGAGAGCCCAGUCGUCGCGUAACGCGCAACACGUUGACGCGAUCUGUGAUCGGUCCGAAGAUGAGCACAUCCGCGCACUGUUCCCCUUCGAGAUCGUCGUUAAGCUGCUGCCAGAUUGAUCAGAGCAGCCAAGACGACGUCCACGGUGUGACAAUCGCAGCGAAAGACGGAUAUUUUCUUCAAGAGAAACACUCGUUCCCGAAGAGACCAGAAGUGAAUCUUGCCUUCUACGACGUUCGGUAUUCGGUGAGAGAAUGGAACAUCCGGAAUCUGAGACCGAAACGCAAAGAGAUCCUGCACGGUGUCAGCGGCGAGUUCAACGCUGGCGAACUGGUCGCUAUAAUGGGCCCUUCUGGGGCCGGAAAGUCAACUUUGCUAAACGUUCUUGCCGCUUAUACCGAGAAAGGCGUUCAGGGGCAGAUCUUGGUGAACGGGAAAGUUAGGGUACCAUACAGCGAGAGAUGGAGGAAGACUUCGUGUUACAUACAACAGGACGCUUUGAUGCGGUCGAGGAUCAGUGUUGGAGAGGCCAUGACGAUAGCAGCGCAUUUAAAACUCGGCUACUCUAUCAGUUCCGCCUACAAACAUACACAAGUCCUGGAACUGUUAGAAAUGUUAGGCUUGAGCCAUUGCUAUGACACUUUAUGCGGAAAGCUGUCCGGUGGACAAAAGAAGCGAUUGGACGUCGCUUUGGAACUUUUAAGUAAUCCGUCAGUAUUAUUCCUCGACGAGCCGACUACUGGUCUGGAUUCGUCCUCUUGUAGCCAGUGCAUAGCACUGCUGAAGCGACUCGCGAAAAUGGAAAGGCGUAUGGUGAUAUGCACGAUACACCAGCCAAGCGCGUUGCUUUUAGAGAUGUUCGAUUCUCUUUACGCGGUCGCCGCUGGAUAUUGCAUAUACAGGGGACCCGUCAAAUCGUUGUUGCCUCACAUGUCCUCGAUCGGAGUUGAUUGUCCGCCUUACCACAACCCUGCUGACUUUCUGAUGGAAGUUGCAAUCGGUGAUUAUGGUAUCAGCGUGGAUAAAUUGGCGGCUGCCGUCAAUAUGGUAUACAAAGAUCAAAAGUGCGUUACGUAUACGAUGAAACCGCAGUUGGACGAGAGCACAAAGCAACCACCACCAGCCGGGUUCAUUGCUCAGGUGUACCUGCUCUACAAAAGGCAAUUACUUUCUCUGAAAAGAGAUUACACGUUACUGGUGGUACGUCUGUUGUGUCAUCUGCUAAUUGGAAUAAUCUUCGGCUACUUAUACAUGGGAAGCGGUUACAGAGCGAACGGUGUCCUCGCUAAUUACGUUUACCUUUACGGAUCGUUGCUACUGAUCGUUUACACCGGGAAAAUGGCCGUCACACUUGCCUUUCCGCUAGAGAUGCGGAUACUUUCGAGGGAACAUUUUAACCGAUGGUAUCGGUUAGCGCCGUACUAUAUUAGUAUGCUGCUGGUGGAAAUACCAUUCCAAGCGUCCUGUGCAACGACCUAUUUAGUCGUCAGUUACUGGUUGACAGGACAACCGGUGGAAACACCUCGCAUAUUGUCGUUCAUGAUAUUUAGCAUAGCCGCCACUCUGACGGCUCAAGCAUGGGGCUUCUUCAUCGGGGCGACUACACCAGUCAAGAUCGCGGUGUUCGCGGGGCCGAUAAUCGCAGUGCUGUUCUCCGUGUUCGGGUUCUGUGUCCGUUACAUGGAUACGCCCGCUAUGUUCCGAUGGAUGUUUCACAUAUCGUAUUUCCGUGCCAGCUUUCACAGCCUACUGCAAACCGUCUACGGUUUCGAUCGGCUGGACUUGAAAUGCGACGAUUUUUAUUGUCACUAUAAGAAACCGACGAAAUUCCUACAGGAGAUGGACAUCGACACGAACGUCGCGAACAACCUCGCUCUAAUCGUCGGUAUCGGCGUGUUGAUGCAUUUGUUAACGGCCAGCGCUCUAUGGUGCAAGCUUAACAGAAGAUAAACGAACAAGAGGACUAUGUAUAUUUAUUUCCGUACUUCGGUAAUCCAGUAUUUGUUGUCAGCCGUUUCCGGUUCGCUCCCCGCCUAUUACGUGACGCACGACGGGUUCCUCCUCCUAGGACCGUGUAGGAGUGGAUCGAUGAAGCGUUGAAUCCUCUUAUGUUUUGUCAAGCGUGAAUAUAUUUCUUACCAACGACCCUGCCAACAGUAAAUAAUAUCUUUUGAUUUAGAAUUUUAUAGAAAAUGUCCGGCAGGCAUAAAUUAUAUGUUGUCGCAUUGUACUUAUAGCAUUUCGUUGAAACUGGUGUGCACAAAAGUUGUCUGACAACUCUUAACGGCGGUACAUGAAUUUAAUCGUACUACUAGUGAAUAAAGUUUAAUCGUCACACGUCGCACCGCCUCUGCCGUAUACGGUGCUAGUAACUUAUUAUUUUCUCUCGAAUGCAUCUUCUAUAAUUAAUUAUAGGUAAGAAACGAAUGAACUGCGGGUUCAUAUUUUUGUAGGAAUUAAAAAAACGAAAUCUAAACGAAGACCUAGCCAGAAUAUACCUCAUAUAUUUUUACACAUUAUGUGCAUUUUAUACAUCUAAAAUUUUCUUUAAAGAUAAUACGGACAUCCGCGGUUUGGUAAUGGAUCCGCGAAAGCUUUAACAUAUGUGGGAAGUCUUUAUGUAUUACGUGUGACGUAAUUGUUAACAUAUAGCGAUUAAGGAUGGAAUAUAUUUUUUUUAUCACAUUUUCGUAUUCGUACAAUGCUAUCGACGUGAUCAACGUUUUGUGUCGUAUAACUGCUUUGCGAUGUAAUUCAGUCUCUUGCAAUUUGCGUACACAACUAUUGAGAUAUGACUCCAAUCGGAGAUAAGAAAAUAUCGAUAAUAUAAUAUCGAUGACGGGUGCAGAGCGUUUCAGUAUAGAUAAAAA